AUGAAGGUUCAUAAGUUAGCGGCCUCCAAGCCUACUCAGGUGGAAAUUACCGGAGCUACAGAAAAAGGUACCAAAAGAUAUUGUAAGAUUCUAUCUGAGUUUUAAAUUCAGAUGUGUCCAGACCCAGAGCCAUUGAGCCGUGUGAUUUUUUUUUCAGAUAUAUGUUUGGAGAAUUCUUCGGGACAUUACUGCUAACUUUUUUAGGUGGGUUUUACAAUACUCAAUUCUGAAUUGUUGCUUAAAGGAGCAUAUUUCCUUUUGUUUUACUCCCAUAAUUCUACUGUAUCCGUAUUAUCAAUGGGAUGUGUUAGAUUUGUGCUAAUGUAUUUAUUUGGUGAGGUUUGCGAUGCCGAGUUCAAUCCAGGUGAGUUUAUUUUCUUCUCCUUCCACGUUUCCAGCCAUUUCCCUAGGGCAAUUGUUUUGUCUUCGACGUCCAAUAUUCCUAAGUCUCUCAAUCAUCAGUGGGCAAUUGUUUGGUGCUUUUAUCGGCCAAGUUUUAUUUGCAUCUCUUGGCCAGGCCAUCAUUCCUUCAGCAAAAAUUUUGAAUACGACUGUGCAAGAGUCAAGUGUUCUCUCAUUUGAGUCAACUCUUGCUUUGGAAAUUACUUCUACUUUUCUUUUUGUCAUCGUUUUCUUAACCACCGGCAGUUUUUACUGUAUGAGUGCGGUUACGGUAAGUAAAAACGGCAUCUUCGUAAAAAAUAUUAGAUAAUCACAAUGUCAUUGAGUUGCGAAGCUGGAAAUACUGUCCGGGCCAAUGGAAAUCUGGCUAGAAGUCUGGCUCAGAGUGUGAUCGCAGCUAUCUGGUCAAAGGAACACCCGUUCAGACAUAUGGACGCGGUCAUUGCUGCAGCCAUAAUGACCCCCUUAGUAGGAGCAGCAGUUUUUUGGUAAUUAAUUGUGAGAUGAUUUUAAUGGUAUUUAAGGGUCCUGAAUUCCGUGAAGGAAAUCUCGGAAGUAGAGGACGAUUCUGCAGCUUGA